AAGUAUAAGUAACUGAGGGAGUGAUAGAGUGAGAGAGCAUGUGUGGUAAAGAGGCACAGAGAGGUUGCUGAUAAGAUUUGUAUAGCCCUCUGCUUGCUUCUUGAUUCCUAUCUGUUGUAAGAGAGGAACAAGAGCCUCAAAAGCCAAAAAAACACUGAAACAAAUGGCCUCAGCUUCUCUCCUCAAGUCAUCCCUUGUUCUUAACAAGUCCGAAUGGGUGAAGGGCCCGAGCUUCCGCCAGCCCUCUGUCUCCCACGUCCGCUGCCAACCCGCGCCCUUCACCGUGAAAGCUGUUUCCUCCUACGCCGAGGAGCUUAUCAAGACUGCGAAAACCGUUGCUUCGCCUGGGCGUGGAAUUUUGGCAAUGGACGAGUCAAAUGCAACCUGUGGGAAGAGACUUGCCUCAAUUGGGCUAGAGAACACCGAGGCUAACCGCCAGGCAUACCGUACUCUCCUGGUGUCUGCUCCAGGUCUGGGUCAGUACAUCUCUGGUGCUAUCCUCUUUGAGGAGACACUCUACCAAUCCACUGUUGAUGGCAAGAAGAUGGUCGAUGUGCUUGUCGAGCAGGGCAUUGUCCCCGGUAUCAAAGUCGACAAGGGUUUGGUGCCCUUGGCUGGUUCAAACGAUGAGUCGUGGUGCCAAGGUCUCGAUGGCCUUGCCUCCCGCACAGCAGCAUACUACCAACAGGGAGCUCGUUUCGCCAAAUGGCGUACUGUUGUGAGCAUUCCCAACGGCCCAUCUGCCUUGGCCGUGAAGGAAGCUGCCUGGGGUCUUGCCCGCUACGCUGCCAUUUCUCAGGAAAGUGGAUUGUCCCCAAUUGUGGAACCAGAGAUCUUGCUUGAUGGUGAGCAUGGAAUUGAGAGGACUUUUGAAGUGGCUCUGAAGGUUUGGGCUGAAGUGUUCUUCUACCUUGCUGAAAACAAUGUCUUGUUCGAAGGGAUCCUCCUCAAGCCAAGCAUGGUUACCCCUGGAGCUGAGUGCAAGGAAAGGGCCACCCCCCAACAAGUUGCUGACUACACCCUCAAGCUCCUCAAGAGGAGAAUCCCCCCGGCUGUCCCCGGAAUCAUGUUCUUGUCUGGUGGGCAAUCUGAGGUUGAGGCAACCCUGAACUUGAAUGCGAUGAACCAAGCUCCCAACCCAUGGCACGUUUCCUUCUCAUAUGCCAGAGCCCUCCAAAACACCUGCCUCAAGACAUGGGGUGGGCGCCCCGAGAACGUAAAGGCGGCUCAGGACACGUUGCUGACUCGGGCCAAGGCCAACUCUACUGCUCAGCUCGGAAAGUACACCGGCGAGGGAGAGUCAGCUGAAGCAAAAGAAGGAAUGUUUGUCAAGGGAUAUGUGUACUAAACUAUAAGCUGGUUUGGAUCCCAAGGAUGAACGAGAAGGAAGAAAAAGAAGAAGAAGGACGAAGUUUGAUAGAAGACUCAGUUUCUCUCUUGAUGUGUAAUGUUAAAUUAUAAGCAUGGAAACUAUUUUUGUUCAUUGCGCGCAUGUACUCUUUUAGCCUUUUUAAUAAAUUUGCUGCUGAUGACACUA